AUGUCUCUCCACCAAGACGGCCCAUGCCUACGUUAUCCAGAAAAUCUGGGCCUACAUCCUACUAUCACCCAUGAGGUAGCGGUGUCCAUGCUGCUGCGCGCCACGCAACUCGCCCAAACGACUCCAUUUACGUGGGGAUACAUCGACAAGCCAUCCGAGGGCCAGCUGUUCCUUGUCUUCAUUACCCAACAACAACCAAUAUUGCAGGAUGGUCUCCGGUACCAAGAGCAGGAGCAGCGCUAUGUUCUCCCUGCAGGCCCGGGACGCGAACUAGAGGUAAUGGAGACGAAAUUCGGCUUCAUCCCCGGACAAGAUAGCGUUGCGUUCCGCAUGCGCCGGCGGUACCGGCUGCACAAAGGCGGACACCCGCAGCUUAUGCUCAUCCAUUAUCUGCGGGGCCAGAACGUGCCCAUCGUUCCCUCAUUGAACCAGCCCGCACGCGUGUAUCCCCUUCGUCCGCUGAACGAGCCAUCCAUCUUCGUUAUGGGAGAGAAGAUGGGACAGAAGGUCUUUACUGGAAGUGGCGGCAGUGCGCCGCCGGGCGAGCGCCAGCAGUCUCUCCCUCCUCCGAUGGCAGCGAUGAACAUGAACUUCGGCGUUGGCAUGAGUGGGAAUGCUCAAGCGCUCCUGGCCGCGCAGAAUAGCAACAUGGAGGCGCUCGAGCGGAGGAGCCAGCGGGACCGGAGUGGGAGCAUGAGUACGCGCCAGACGCAGUUGCCUCCAUCGCGUACGGAAGACGAGGAUUCGGCAGACGAGUCUGACUUAAUCUCGACACGCGCGUUGGCCCUAACACGUUAUAAGCGAAACCAUGAGCUGAUGAAUGAAGUGUUCAUGUACGCCGCGUUUAGUAAACUGAAAGAUAACGCACCGCGUGCCCCGCCAUACUCUAUAUUCAAUAAGGACGAACUUGAAGAAAAGGCCGCGAAGCUCGCAGCCGAGAUUGAUGUGCUGAAGGCGAAGGCUGCUUCAAGGCAGGAAGCUCGUCUGAGGGCCGAGGCAUCUAGUGGGCCAGAUGAUGCAGGAGAUGUCUCCAUGACCAUCGAUCCUCCAAAUGCUGCAGAAGGCAUAAUGGUGUGA